GCACAGUCACACACACACACAUACAUUGGAUACAUGCUUUCAUCUUCAUUGUUAAACAUGCACACAUGUUGCAUGUGCAUUACCCUUAAUACACACACGCUACUUCUACUCUUCUCCAUGGAGAUCACUUUUAAGGCAAGGAAGUACCUGGGCUAUCCCGUAGUCUCCUGCCGCUGAAGUGCUAUUUAUAGUGUGCAUCAUGCUACAGGGAACAGAUGCAGCUCCCCGUGCGUGUGUGUGUGUGUGUGCGCGUGUGCGUGAGGGAGGCACUAUGCAGUCGGAGCUCCACACACACAGAGCAUGCCUGUGAGUGCGGGCUCGGGCAAACAUGAGCCUUCCCAGCCCAGAGAUCGUCCACAGCAGCAGCCUGAACUCCCGUCUGAGCCCCCCUCCGCCCUCCCCCUCUCCUCUCUCCCUCUCUCGCUGCCUCUCUCUCUCCCUCUCCUCAUCUACUCUCGCCCUGCGCAGCCUCUUCCCCGCCACCUCUCCAGCACCAGCCGGGGGGACAUCUCCCGCUCUCCGCACGCCGACGUUUGCCGAGCGCCGGCCGGCCCCAUGGAGGAACCCCAGGGCAACACACUGGUCGUCCGCAUAGGCAUCCCUGACCUGCAGCAAACGAAAUGCAUGAAGUUUAAUGUGGAGUCGCCCAUCUGGUUGUCUAAACAACGAAUCCUCUGCACACUCAACCAGAGCCUGAAGGAUGUGCUAAACUACGGCCUCUUCCAGCCUGCGUACAACGGAAAAGCCGGGAAGUUCCUGGAUGAGCAGCGAACACUGAAAGAAUACCCACUUCCUGCCGUCUCUCCUGUCCCGUACCUAGAGUUUCGCUACAAGAGGCGAGUGUAUACACAAACACACCUGGAUGAAAAGCAGCUGUCGAAGCUUCACACUAAGGCUAACUUGAAGAAGUUUAUGGAAUAUGUUCAGCAAAGGAACGUUGAGAAGGUAUCAAAGUUUCUGGAGAAAGGGCUAGACCCAAACUUCCACGACCCAGAGACCGGAGAAUGUCCACUGACAAUGGCGUCGCAGCUGGAAGGUUGUGCCGAGCUCAUAAAGGUUCUGAAGAAUGGAGGAGCUCACCUGGACUUCAGGACCAGAGAUGGCAUUACUGCCCUUCACAAAGCAGUCCGCACCAAGAACCACACAGCACUUAUUACACUGCUGGAUCUGGGCGCCUCUCCGGAUUACAAGGACAGCCGUGGCCUGACUCCUCUGUAUCACAGCUCUAUGGUGGGGGGUGACCCGUACUGCUGCGAGCUCCUGCUGCAUGAUCACGCUCAGGUUGGCUGCAUGGAUGAGAACGGCUGGCAGGAGAUUCAUCAGGCUUGUCGUCACGGACACGUGCAGCAUCUGGAACACCUGCUGUUCUACGGAGCAGACAUGAGCGCUCAGAACGCUUCUGGAAACACUGCCCUGCACGUGUGUGCUCUCUAUAACCAGGAUAGCUGCGCAAGAGUGCUGCUGUUCAGGGGGGCGAAUAAGGAGAUUAAGAACUACAACAGCCAAACUGCCUUCCAGGUGGCUAUUAUAGCUGGAAACUUUGACCUGGCAGAAAUUAUAAAGACUCACAAAGCAUCAGAUGUUGUGCCUUUCAGGGAAACGCCUUCCUACGCGAAUCGCCGGCGCGUGACCGGAGGCGACACGUUGACAUCAUCACGCUCUCUGCCUCGCUCCGCCUCCGACAACAAUCUGAACAACGUGGCCGACACAGGCCCCGCCCACUCGCCCGUGCCAUCUCUGAGGAGCCUGCCCCCUCUGGCCCACACCGGGAUAGACGUGGCGGCUGACGGCAGCCUGCAGAGCACAGGCAGCUCGCUCUCCUCGCACUCCCGCUCGCCCUCCCUCCAGCGCGUCAGCGAGGAGCCCGGCUCGCACGCUGUACGCCGGCACGCGCCCCUCACGCACUCCCACAGCCGCGGACGCCUCAGCCCGGGGACGGUCCAGCGGGACCCCAGCCCUCCUCCCGUGGGGCCCUCGCACACACUCUCAGGAGCCCGGGGCCCCAAACGGAAACUCUACAGCGCCGUGCCGGGGCGCACCUUCAUCGUGGUCAAACCGUACACGCCGCAGGGAGAGGGAGAGAUCCAGCUGAACCGUGGAGAGAGGGUCAAAGACUACCACUCAAACGCAGUGGAAGUGUUAAGUAUAGGAGAAGGAGGUUUCUGGGAAGGGACGGUGAAAGGAAGAACCGGUUGGUUUCCUGCAGACUGUGUGGAGGAGGUACAGAUGAGACAGUUUGAUCCUCGGCUUGAGACUAGAGAGGACCGAACCAAGAGGCUGUUCAGACAUUACACUGUGGGCUCCUACGACAACUUUACCUCAUAUAGUGAUUACAUCAUCGAGGAGAAGAACGCCGUGCUCCAGAAGAAGGAGAAUGAGGGAUUCGGCUUCGUCUUGCGGGGAGCAAAAGCGGAGACUCCCAUUGAAGAGUUUACACCCACACCUGCCUUUCCUGCGCUGCAGUACCUUGAGUCUGUGGAUGUUGAGGGCGUGGCCUGGAGGGCGGGGCUAAGGACUGGUGACUUCCUGAUCGAGGUGAAUGGUGUAAACGUGGUAAAAGUGGGGCACAAGCAGGUGGUGUCACUCAUACGGCAGGGUGGGAAUAAGCUCCUGAUGAAGGUGGUGUCAGUGACACGCAAGCCAGAGUCUGAGGAGUCAGUCAGGAAGAAGGCGCCCCCGCCGCCAAAAAGAGCUCCCAGCACCACCCUCACCUUGAGGUCCAAAAGCAUGACCGCUGAGCUAGAAGAACUAGCCUCUGCAAGGAGGAGAAGAGGAGAAAGGCUAGAUGAGAUUUUGGCCUCUCAGGAGACAGUACUGAGGCCAAAGGUGGAAGCAGACUACAGAGCGGCAACGGUGAAGCAACGUCCUACGAGUCGCAGAAUUACACCAGCAGAAAUCAGUUCUCUUUUUGAGCGGCAAGGACUUGCUCUCCAUGGUGCUCUACACCCAGCGUUGGAAAAAGCCCACAUGCAGCUGCCGAAAAGCAUGGCUAGAACAAAGUCUUUUGGAGCAACUGAAGAAGAUCGACUGUCAGCCCUGGCAGCGGAGCACAGGUUUCCGCGGAGCUCCUCCAUGACGGACAGCUUGAGAGACAGCCAUAGUAUCCCUCCACCUCCUCAAACGGCUCCCCCACCUCCCCCAUCGCUUUACUAUCUAGAUACUGGACCCCCUCCUUCAUUCUGUCCACCCCCUCCCCCUGGCCGCAUUCACGACCCCAGCCGUUCCAGUUUUAAACCAGGCUCUGAACCAAGACUGCACGCUUUGCCACAAACAAUGUCUGCAGAGCUGUUUGAGCCACCUCGCCAUGCCUCCCACAUGGAUCGGCAGAAGAAAGCCCGAUCCAUGAUCAUCCUGCAGGACUCCUCCCAUCUUCCCGUGGAGCCUACUGACAUCCCCAGGCCAGGUCCUGUUUCAACUCCACCUGAAAGGAUCAAGCGGAAAGGUCGGGUCAUCGAUAACCCCUACGCCAAUGUGGGCCAGUUCAGCGUAGGCCUUUUCACGCCGCCUCCAAGCAAGCCACAGCGGAGGAAGAGUCCGCUUGUAAAGCAACUGCAGGUGGAAGAUGCUCAGGAGAGAGCCUCACUAGCACUGGCAUCCAUCCAUGCGAGAGAGCACUCUCCCUCUGGGCGCCUAGCUGCCCACCAUACCAGCAGGGCUGAGUUCUAUCAGCAGCAGCAGCAGCUGUUGCAGGAACGCAGUCAGGCUCAGGCUGAGGCACUGUUGCAUGGAAAGGGGCCUUUCGCUGCUGCCAUUGCUGAUGCGGUAAAAGACCGGGAACGUCGUCUGGAGGAGAGGCGAAAAUCCACAGUCUUCCUAUCAGUGGGCACUAUGGAGGGCAGUUCGGCAUCACCCCCAGAGGCCCCCUCACUCACACCAUCCCGUUCUGUUGAUGAACGAAUGCUCACACGUGAACUUGGUCAGUUGCCUCCUCCCGCACUGGCAUUGCGACCCUCUCCUGGGGGAACCACCUUCAUUCACCCACUGACGGGCAAGCCCCUGGACCCCAACUCUCCAUUGGCACUUGCGCUGGCCGCAAGGGAACGGGCAUUAACCUCCCAGAGUCAGUCCCCUUCAAGCAGCCCUGAGCCCAGAACUAAACACGAAGCUGCCGGAGGGGUGCUGUAUAUGGAGACCCAGACCAAAGAGGCUGAGCGUUCAGAGGGUGAGGUGGACUUUGCUUCGCCUCCCUUUUCACCUGCAACGAAAAGAAUUUACGAGACCUCCGCCCCCACCAGUAAAAUCCAGUGGGGAAGUCCCAUAUCCACCAGGAAAGAAUUGCCAGAAUUGAAAGAGGAAAGAAAAAUCGAAGACAAGAAGAGUAUGAUCAUCAGCAUCAUGGACACGUCUCAGCAGAAAACUGCUGGGCUUAUCAUGGUUCAUGCAACGAGUAAUGGGGAGGCUGUGGGGGCCAGCCCAGAACACACCAUUCCCUCUCCCUCUCCAAAGGGGGGACUAUCAGAGAGCCCGAAACCCAUGUUAGCUGAAAUAAAACGAGCCAAGUCCCCUGGACCCGAUGCUCCUUUGAGAUCCACCCCACCUCCAGCCACAGCUCCAACUUCCCAGCCACCUCCCAGCCCAUCCUUAGAUAAAACCCUUGCACAGGGAAGUUCUGAGGAGGAUAUGGAACCCUACACGGUCACAUUGCCACCCGCCAUGCUCUCUUCCAGCGAUGAGGAGACCCGCGAGGAGCUCCGCAAAAUCGGUGUAGUUCCUCCACCGGAUGAAUUUGCCAAUGGCCUUCUUGGAAAGACACCUGCAACUGCAGUACCUCCUGCCCCUACGUCGGCGCAGACAACCCCUUCAGCCCUGCCCUCGGCUCCACCCCAACCCCCCGCCCCUCCAGCAGCGGUCGCCACAGCAGCACAGGUCCCCGCUAGCAGUGGCCCGCAAGCAGCCUCAGGGAAGCCAUCUGAGUCCCACCUGGGCCCAGAGUCUGCUGCUGACUCCGGGGUGGAAGAGGUAGACACUCGUAGCUCCAGCGAUCACCACCUGGAGACCACGAGCACCAUCUCCACCGUCUCCAGUAUGUCCACACUGUCCUCGGAAAGCGGCGAGCCCACGGACACCUACACCACCCACGCAGAUGGCCAGACGUUCAUUCUUGAUAAGCCGCCAGUGCCUCCAAAGCCAAAGCUCAAGUCCCAGCUCAGCAAGGGCCCGGUGACGUUCAGGGACCCCCUGCUCAAGCAGUCAUCUGAUAGCGAACUGCUCUCACAGCAGCACGCGGCUGCGCUGGCUGCUGCUGCGGGAGCCUCAGGCCCGGCCAGACCCCGCUACCUCUUCCAGAGACGCUCCAAGUUGUGGGGAGACCCCGUGGAACCCCGUCCGCUUUCGGGGGCAGAGGAAGGCAAGCCCACUGUGAUCAGCGAGCUCAGCUCUCGGCUGCAGCAGCUGAACAAGGACACACGCUCACUCGGGGAAGAGCCACUCGGAGCUUCACUUGACCCCGGAAGGAAAUCACCCGUGGUCGGUGCAAGACUCUUCAGCAGUUUGGGGGAGCUCCAUACUAUCUCUCAGAGAGGCUACGGCACCACCUACACCAUCAGACCAGGCAGCCGCUACCCAAUGACCCGGCGGACGCCCAGUCCCGGCUCCCCGGACCGCUCGGAUCCUCUGGGACCCAUCCGGGGCUUCGGUCUGGCCUCUUCUCCCAUCACACCCCCCACCAUCCUUAAGUCGUCUAGCCUCAGUCUCCCUCACGAACCUAAAGAAGUGCGUUUCGUCAUGAGGAGCUCCAGCGCUCGGAGUCGCUCUCCCUCGCCCGCCCCCUCCUCGGGCAUGCCCUCCCCCCUGCUCACCCUGCGGCCGUUCCACCAGAAGCCCCUCCACCUGUGGAACAAGUACGACGUUGGCGACUGGCUGGCCAGCAUUAAUCUGUCUGAACACCGGGAUCGAUUCCAAGAGCAUGAGAUCGAGGGCUCCCAUCUGCCUGCUCUGACCAAGGAGGACUUCGCUGAGCUGGGCGUGACGCGCGUCGGUCACCGCAUGAACAUUGAGCGCGCCCUUAAACAGCUGCUGGAGAGUUGACCACGCGCCUCCCUCUACCUGUAGCUAGUCUCAACAGUUUUUUUAUUUUCUUAUUUCAUUUGCUCGUCUUAUUUUUCUUGCCAAGCUUAAGCUUUAAAAUCGAAGUGUAUCAUUUCUAUGUUAAAAUAUAUACCUAUCCCUGGUGUGGUAUUAAUAUGUACUAUUUAGGUACUAAUUGGAACAUUUUUGGUGCUAAUAUGUAAGCCAGAGAUGUCUGAUUUUGCUCCAGGAGGAACACUUUUUUUUCCCAGAGUUUAGCUCUUAGCAGUUUCAAUACACUUGUCUGGAAGUUUGUGGUGAUUCUGUAGACCGUGAUUAGCUGUUUAGCUGAUGUGUUUUACUGGCAGUAGAGUUAAACUCUGCUGACAAGUGUCUUUCCAGGAGCAGGAUUUUAAGCCCUGCUUUAAGGUUCUAUUAUGAAUUCUUUAGGGGUAGAAAUAAGUAGGGUUCCAGAGAAGAAAUUUUCCACUCUUUGCAACCCUAUAAAUAAGGUACAAUGAAAGGGUACUACACCAGUGAUAGCUUUUUUGGAUCUUUUUUUUUCAGGAAUGCAAUUUAAUAUUUCCAUGAAAACAUUGCUCUGUUUAUUUGAGCAUCUCGACCAAUCCGACGCACCAACAUUGGCAGUGUUUGUCCAACCACUGGCAGAUUGGGAAACAAUUAAAACUAUAUUUUUUGCAAUUGCCUCCAGAAAUGACACACUUCAGUUUUAAAUAAUCUCACUAUUUCCUAAAUCCAUCAUUGGUGUAUAGUGGGUGUUGAUUCCAUGCUGUUUUUUGUAGCGCAAUCCUAAGCCCCUCCCACAGUACAGCAAGCAGCCAAUCACAUGGAUGCUGUGUAUUUGGAAGGGACUGUGAAUUUAGUGAUCGAACGGGCUUUGUUCACACUGCACAAAAAUCUGAUUUAUUUUGCAAAAUCAGAGCUGCUGGUAUCUGGUUUAUUUGCAAUUGUGGCAAUGGUGCCAAACUCAUGAUGCAUUAACAUAUUUAAUGCAUGCAUGCAAAUACUUAAAACCACUCAUUGAACUAAUUUACUCAUGGUAAUAUAUAUUGGGGUAAAGUUAAACAUAAUUAGUGUAUUUGCAAAUCCCGAAUUUGGAAAACCAACCAAUCCAAUUCGACAAUUCACACUGCAUUUUAAUCUGAUUUCAAACCACUUACAGUAAUGUGGAUCAAUAGUAAUUUUUCUCUUUUUUUUUGUUAUCCAGACUACUCAGAUUUUUGCUGUCUGUCUGAACAAAGCUUAUUCAAAACCAUCUCGUAAUUGAUUCUUGAUAAACACCCACUAUUCCCUUAGUCUCAAAUCCUUUUUUUUUUUCUUUUUCUACUCUACUAUCCGCUUCUUACCGCUAUGUCAUUCAUUCAGAGAAAGGAGGGAUGCUGUUGAGAAAAAAGGAAGUUCAGUUGCCUUUCAGAGUAUUUUUUUAGGAGUGGAUGAGCAGAGUGGGCGUGGCCGGAUCCUCUCUGUCUACCGCCUGCCCCCUUCUGGCUGAGGGACGUACUACACUCGGAGAAUGUUUAACCAACACUAGUGGCUUUUUCAUAAUCAGACUCUUAACUUUGGGUUUCCAAAGGAAAUAUGACAUUAGAUAGAAUAUCUCAAUGUAUUUAAAUAGCUUUGAAAAUGGAGGGAGACAGCAAACAACAGGACGGACCGUGCAAAACUGCACCUGUCUCUCUCCCUAGAUGAUUUAUUCCACCAAUAAUUUACCCAUUUUUACCAAUUAUAUACAUAUAUAUUUGACAGAAAAAAGUAUAUAGAUAUAUGAAUAUAACAUUUUUGUCAUAAAUAUAAAACUUAUAUAUGAUAUUAUAUAUAUAAAGACAAAAAAACACUCUUGAAAAUGAUUUUUGAUGGUUAUCCUUUUAUGAUGGACUGUAGCAUGAAACGUUACAUCACCAUACGGAAUGACGGUUGACCGGUUUGUUCGAUUUGCAUUGUACCACCAUUUUUUUGGCUUUUCUUUCUUCUAGUUUUACAGAACCUGGUCUUCCAUCUUUUAAUUGGGCUGUGUUCAUGUUCGAGCCCUUCACACACACACACACACACGCGCACCGGUUUUGUCUGUUAUUCGUUUGUAGUUCUUUUGUAUGAAACAAAACCGCGUUCCUAGUACAGUUGCACACUUUCAUGCACACAACCACACCGGUUUCUUAUCCAAAUUUGAUCUGAAUAAGUCUUCUUAAUCUGGUAAUAAGAAAUUCAGAAUAAGAAACUCUGCAAUAAGUGUGCGUGCAAACAAGUGCGUGAACAAACGUGUGCGUGGUGUGCAUGACAGAACCGCUGUGGGACGAGAAACAUCUGGAAUAUCGCAGCUCAUCUGGAUGGUAACGACUGGCGUUCGACAUCUCAUUAUGAAACCAGAAGACAGAAUCUAUAAUUGUAAACGUUUCCACCGUAUGGCUUAUAUGUUAACCUGCUGUAAGCACUGAAGCAUUUUUUUUUUUUUGCCUUUUUUAUUUAUUUUUUCUUUCUCCUCAUAGGUGGAUUUUGUAGCUUGUGAAAUAUGAUGCUUAGAAGAAUUUUUAUGAAGUCAUUUAGAAUGAAUUUUAGAAUGACAUACUAGUUAAAAGAAGCUGAGGACAAAAGAUUUCAUGGAGAGAAAAAAAAAAAAAAACAAUCAGUGAAAAAGAAGCCCAGAGAUCCUGCAGCUGUAUAUAUGGACAAAUGACUAAAAUAUUUGCUUUUUAUAUCAAUCACAAGCAAUGUAUAUACAAUAGUUUUCAUAUAAAUUUUUAAAAAUCAAAAAAUAUAUAGAUCUAUAUAUGAAUGUUUGGCAUAUAUGCAUAGUUAACCACCUGUCAAAAAAGGUGAAGAUUUUACUCUUUGUAUGGAGUUCGGGGGUGAUUUGCACAAAACAAGGUGCUAGCAUUUCAAGCCAUUCAUUCCCACCUGUCCCAUUCAACUCUCCCAUUAGGGCUCAACAGAUAUUUUACAUAUUUAACGAAAUCUGGGACACACAGACGCUCAUUUCUCUUCUGUGCACCAUCAGUCCUGUUUUUAAUAACUAAUGUGUGUAUGUGUGUAUGCGUGUGCGUGUGUGUGUGUGUCUUAGACUGUGACGACAGAAAGAGUUAAUGCUUCGCCAUCGGUCAUCUCUUCUCUUGCAUCUGAAAUCAGGCCUGCAGAUAGACAGCCAAGGAUGACGAGAACUCAGUGCAUCAUCAGAUGAGCACACCAGUAACACUGUGUGGGGAAAAAGCCGCGUCGAAUCGGAGAAGAUGCCAUAUUUAUCUCGAUUUGAACUGAAAGAGAAGCUGUGAGAGAUUGAAGUGCAGUCUGUUCACACUGAAGGUAAAUACAGAUGUCACUUCUCUUUUAAUUCUGUUCUGUACACACUGAUAAAUAUAGGAGUGACAUCCUAAACAGAUUUCACAAUCAGUCGGGAAUUAAGACAGUAUAACACACAUGAUGGAUAUUAAUUCAGGUAGUAUUUUACAGUUAUUCAUUAUUGGUAAAUAUUUUUUCUUAGUUUUUUGCGGGGUUGGGGAGAAAUGAAUGUUUUAGUGAGCAAAGGUAAAACGGUAAGGACAUUUAGAAUGUUACAAAUACUUCUAUUUCAAAUGCUGUUCUUUACAAAUGUUCUAUUCAUCAAAGAACACAUGAAUAUUUCCACUGCAAAUAUUAAUAAGCUGAAAAACAUUUAUGACAAUAAGUAAUCUUUCUUGAGCAGCAUUUUAAAAUGAUUUCUGAAGGAUAGUGUGAUGCUGACGACUGGAUUAAUGAUGCAGAAAAUUCAGCUUUGCACCACAGGAAUAAAUCAUACUUCGUCAUUUUUAAUCACGUUAAUGUUUUUACUCUGUGUUUUGACCACAAAAAUGCACCUUUAUUCGCAUAAAAGACUUCUUUGGAAUAAAUGAAAUACUGAAUAUGAAUAUUGAUUAAUACUAACACAUUCACCAGAAAAUCUAGUGAUAUGGUAUCAAUAUUGUCUUUAAGAUUGGAAUUAUUUCUCUGAUUGGCAUUAAAAAUAUUCAACUUUCCAGGAUAAAAUAAAUCAAAUGUGACCUUAAAACAGUACAAGGUUGAACAGACUGUACUUUUAUCCUCUCAUAGCUUCAUUUAUCUUCUGUAAAUAUGGUGGUUGCUCUGAUAAAAAAUGUUACUGUCCUAUCCUAGAUGAAGACUAGUUACUGUUUAGCUUGUUAACAGAGAUCCUGACCUCCCCUCCUAAAGCAGCCGCUCUGCAUUAAAUCAGUCUGUUUGACUGUACAAGGGCUUGAAUGAAGGUGUUGAGGGGCCGUUUGGAGUCGGGCCCCAAGAUAACUGUGAAUUACUUACUCUAUGUGUCCUCCAAUGCAAAUGAGCCCUGGAAAAAUACACACAGAUUCCUUCGCCCCACUUCGCUUUUUUUUUUUACAUACAAUUUUACAGAAACGCUCACGUUUUGUUUUAGAGAUGACCCGUUUCAUUUCCCAUCCCGCAAAAAAAAAAAUUAAAAAUCACGUCCCUUUUUUCAGCUCAUCCAGAAGAACAAAAGCGUGCGUGCGUAUGUUUUCGUGAAUGUCGAACUGCAUUUCUGAGCCAUAUGUACCACAGUUUUCCUCCUCUCAUCUUCUGAUAACUCUUGAGCUGUGAUUUUCGUUCUGUACACAUCACUUUCAUCUUUCAUAAUAUUCAGUUCGUCAUGUACAUUACGUUAUAGUUGUUCUAGCAGGAGAUGAAAGGACAUGAAGAAAAAUGAACAAAUGUGCCAAAAAGUAAUUAUCGUUUUGUUUUAGUUUUUUUUCCUUUGAGGUUUGUAGGAACUAAAUGCUGUUUGAACCAGCACUAUGGUGCCACCUCCUGGAAAUCUUGAGACAUCUCCUAUUUUCUUUUGCUUUAUUUAGUUUCCCCGAAUAUAGGAGUUUAUAUACAUUUGAAUGUUUUUCAGUGAUUUCCAUAUGUGGCCCGACUGAUUGAGUUUCAUGGGCACAUUCAUGUCAGGUCUGUUCUGUUUGGCUUGAAUUCCAGUGAGUCAAUUAGUGACUGACUUGCACAUUCGGUGGACGCUCUCCCUGACCUUUGCCCUUUACUCUCUCCCAAUGUAGCGCAGACAUCAGGGGAUCUGCAUAUUUAACCAGAAUGAAAAUUGCAAUUGAUUUCUUUGUAAUUUUACUCGACCAAUGGCAGGACUAAACAUGAAAUAAAACACAUCAUUUACAUGACUACAGUAUGUUCUAUAGGGUUGUCCAUCUUGUUUUCUGAUUAACAAAAGCACAAUAAAAAUGGCAAGAAAUGCAGUAUAUACUGCUUUAAUGA